CUUGACUUGCCUUGCUUUGUCAUUUCACCUGGAUGAUGUGUAGAUGAUGACAUGUUUGCCAUGUGUCUUUUGAUGAACCUUCAAUGUGAGUAGCAAUUUCUUUAUAAUAAUUUACAUCAUAUUAUGGUAUAUAAGAGACAUGAUUUAAAGACUGGAUUAAUUACUUGUUUUUGAAAAAUUGUAAUUAGUUCUUUCUUUGUUUAGAACCAUGGCAAUCAUCAUCCUAGAAAGGAAACACUGAAUUGGUUAAUAAAUGGAUGACUGAUGGCAAUCCUUGUUUCUUGGUGGUCUGUGGCUCCAGUUAGAACCUUAAAUCCACAACACUGACCUAUUUCUGGCCCUCAUGAGUUAACUCUGUUGUUGCAAGAACCAACACAAAAGUCCUUAUCUACUCCCACCAUCUGAGGAAGUGAAGACCCAGUGGACUAAUUUUAUUUUUGAUGAAAAUGUGGCAGAUAUGUCUGAGAAGAAAAUCAUUCAGUACAAAGCAAAGAGAUAACGGGAACUGUUCUGUUGUUGGCUGAAUGUGACCCAAUUUAAAACUUGGAAGCUAUAAUUUUUGUUUUACUGUUUAUUUAGUAGGUUAAUCUGUUCAGCUUAGUGUUAGCAUGUCACACAAGGGUAAUGUGGCUAGCAUGCUGGGGCGAACGUUGAGUAACUUGGAUUAGCACCCAGCUGCUAAGUUAGCUUGCUCCUGGGUAGCCUCUGGGGCAGAAACACGGUGGACUGUGUCCCGCUUGUAUGAGAUGACCAAUUAAACACAUUGAGCUACUCAAGAAGGGGGGGGGGCUUAAAGACUGGUCACUGUCAGCAUCCACAGUGGAUGUGAGAAGAAUUCUGCUGAGAGUGAAUAUGAGUAAAGCUGCUGGGCCUGAAAACAUCCCUGGCUGUGUACUAAAAACAUGUGGCAAUCAGCUAGUUAGGGACCGAGCCAGUGACAACUGCAAGGUCCCUAUUGUUUUUGCUAUGUUUAUUAUUAUUAUUACGUUUAGGACUUUUAACUGCAUUUUUGACCCCCUGAACGUAUACAAUGCGUGCAAAUUUGUCGGGCCUGGUGCGAUAUCGGAUAUUCUAUGCAUCACAUUCAGGUCAGCCACUAGGAAGGUCACUAGGUGGCGCUACUUUUAGGCAAAUUUCAAUAGGCUAAUAACUCCCGCAUCGUUUGUCUCACAUUCAAAAACCUUAUAUCCACGCAUUCGGUGAAUGGAGCUCAAUCUCCCUAUAUAGGGAUAUUUUCGCUAGAGCGUGAAAUUUCGUAAAACUACGUUUUCGUGAUCCAUCCAUGCGCUUUUGUCCAAUUCGCACAAAAUUUUGAGCAUCUGGAGACCGUCCUGGCAAAAAAAGUCAUUUAAAGUAUUUUGAUAUUUAAAAAAAUAAUACACCGAGCGAAACGAGGACGAACGUUCGACUCAAAAACAAAGAUGGCUGCGCCCAUAUUUCAUGGUAAGUUGAGAUGUAUUUUCUUUGUAAUUGUACUACGUUGGUUGUUUUAAUGUCGAUUUUAAAAGCUCUUACACACUUGUUUACAUUGCUGCUUUAGUCCGGUCACCAAUUUAUGCAUUGCACGGUGUUGCUGUGCGUGCAAUACAAUGUAAAGUUUUGUUUUCUAGCUGGUUUGCUAAAUAGGCUAAUGUAGCUAACAAUAACAGUAGCCUGCCACUGCCCCUGGUGGUCCCUGGUGGCUCGAGACAAACGCCACAGCACUUGUUGAAACUGAAAUAGGCGAAAAUGGCAAAAUAUUAUUGAAAUGUAAGACUUGCAAUAACGGAAUUACUUGAAAUGUUAGUGUUUCUGUAGAAAAACAUUAUUAUUUCACAUUGACCUGAAACAGUACCCAAAAGGGGGCAUGAGGGACAUGUUUUCAGCCUACUUUUGUUAGAAAACAAGGUGAAAAUCUGUGUUGCUGCUAGUGGUUUAGUAGACAAUGGACAGGCCUACAGCUACUCAGGAAAAAAUGGAAAUGAUAAAUGGUUGUAGAUUGCUGUAAGGUGGGUUUCGCAUCAGAGUUUUGUGGUGUUCCUUCACAGCAUAUACUGAGGUUGCAGUCUGUAACAUACAUUGUGUUUUUUUUUUCUUUUUAGUCUUUCUCAACCACAGCAUGGUUGCAUUUGUGGACAAGGACAGGACCGUGCCUUACCAGGGCAACCUGUACCAAAAUGCAGAGAGGUACUUUGUAGAUGAGGGCCUCAUGGUGGCAGUCGACCUGGCAGGUUGUACUUGCACAGAUACCUGCAAUGUCCAGGUUACUGCACCACUUCCCGUGAAUGAGUGCUUCAACAAAGAGCAGACCUUCUUCCUAAUCCACCUGAUGGGGAUCCAUCUGGAGGUAGAGGGCGAGGGACCUGCAAAGUCCCUCAAUGACCUCAACCGGCGGCUGAGGUUGGGGAAGAAAACGAAGACACUGCUGUGGGAGGAGAUGGCUGGGAAGCAUGGCAGACAGUUCAGGGAGCAGUUCCAGCCCAAGAAGGUGGCACGCAAGUGGUUGACGCUGGUGGAGGGAUCCCAAAAAUCUAAGGACAAUAACACAUCGACGGGAAGGGGGCCUAUCCGCUUCCAGUUCUACGCGGAGAUGGACGAGCUGAUUGGGGGAAAUCACGACGUGGACCCAUCUGUUGUGGGGAGCAAUCGUGCUGGUGUUGUGAUACGCCGACCAGAUGCACUGAGGCAGUCCAGCGGUGCUCCCUCACCAGCGUCAGCAGACUGGGAUCCCUCGUCAUCUCCCUGCAACUCAGAGUUGUCAGCGCUGCCCACCAGAGCUCCCUCUCCAGCGCAGUCCACCAGCUCCUCUUCCCCGUCUCCUGCUUCUUCCUCAGCCAGUCGAACUCCAACUCGCGAACCGCGAACAGAGGUUGAGGAAGCGGCAGAGGCGGGAGGAUGACCUCUUGGCCCACCUCGAGAGGUCUGAUGCUGCUGCCCAGAUGCGACACGAAGUGUGUGUGGCAGAGAUGAGGGAAACUUGAAGUGUCCUCAUCCAGUUGUUAAGCAGGACAAGAAGUGAGGCGGGACAAUGACAAAAUACACAAAGCAUUGUGUAUUUUUUUCUUUUUUUCCCUAUUUGACUCUAUUCUUGUGUGAUUUUUGUGUGACUUGUAUAUAUUUGUGAUUUAUAUAUUUAUCUUCUUUUUUUUGUGUGGUUUUAUAUUUUAAGCACCAUUGCAUCAAGACAAAUUCCUCGUAUGUGUAAAAACCUACCUGGCAAUACAAUUGUACUUUUUCAACUUUCUGUUUUUUAACUUAG